AUGACAACAAAGCCUCUCUCCGAGAUCUUCGCCCAGCGAGCAGGGGAACUGCGCGAAUUCAUAUUCUCCCAGCCUGCUUCCAACUUCGCCAACAACCCGUGGGCUUUGGCAAACGCCAUCGAGCAUUUCGCCAAUGAGGUCGGACACAUGAUGAUCUUCCGACAACCCAAGGUCGAUGUUGCGCGCGAGCAACUCCUCGCCCAACAACCGGCACCACGCACUAUCAUCGAGUUCGGCACGUUCGUGGGUAAAUCUGCGCUUGCCUGGGGUGCUAUUCUGCGCGACAUUCACGGCGACAAGGUACCCGAUGAUGUUCACAUCUAUACUUUCGAUCCCAACCCGCAGAUGGUUGCCCUGACCAGGGAGUUUGUGAAGUUGGCCGGCGUUGAGGACUUUGUGCAUGUCCUCGAAGGUCCAGGUUCGGACUCUCUUCGGACAUUGCAUGCUGAGGGCAAGGUCACGACUGUCGAUAUGGCUUUCUUCGAUCAUUGGGAGCAAUUCUAUCUGCCUGACCUGAAGCUAGUUGAGGAGCUGAAGCUUUGGCGUGUCGGUUCAUUGGCAAUUGCUGAUAAUACGGAUUUCCCUGGGGCGCCGGACUAUUUGCAGUAUGUGCAGGCGGGAGGCAGUGGGAUAUCGGGAUCAGUGAAGUAUGAGACCAAGUCUUGUGAGACUACUGGUGGGAGACCUGGCCCUAGCAUCGUCGCUGUGAGCACCGUUGUUGCACUCGAGUGA